AUGGCUGAGGCGGAGGGAGAUCACCGCGAUAGACGGGUAAUAAAAAACACACCCAAAGUUUGGAAAGCGGACAUCUGGGCACAUUUCGGAUUCUACGAAGUUGAUGGGAAACUAGACAAGACUUACGCGGUGUGUAAAACCUGCCACACUAAAAUCAAGCACGUUGGCAAUACAACUAACUUCACCAACCAUGUUGAUCGUUGGCAUCCUGAGUUGGCUUCAACAACAACAACACAAAAAGUCGACACAUCCCAGCCAAGAAUUGACGAGUCGCUAGUGUCAAUGUUGCCACACAACUCCGAGAGAGCAAAGAGGAUCACACGAUCGGUGGCAUGUUUCAUAGCGAAGGAUCUACGACCCUAUUCUGUGGUAGAAAAUGCGGGGUUUCGCCACAUGCUUAAAACAAUUGAGCCCCGGUAUAAGCUACCGACAAGAGCUACCUUCACUGAUUCUGCGCUUCCCACAUUGUACAAAGAAACCAAAGCAAAGGUAAUGGAAUCAAUGUGUAAAGCCAGUCGUGUAGCCAUUACAAGUGACGCCUGGACUUCGGUCGCUACAGAGUCCUAUGUAACCAUAACGGCACAUUAUGUUAGCGAGGAUUGGCAGAUUGUAUCACAUGUGCUGCAGACGAGAGCAGUUUAUGAGAGCCACACUGGUGCUCAUAUGGCAGGGCUACUCUUGAAUGUUGUGGAGGAAUGGCAGCUAACAGAUAAAAGUGUUGUGCUGGUGACGGACAAUGCCGCUAAUAUGAUAAGUGCUGCUGAAAUUGGGAAGUUCCCUCAUGUUAAAUGCUUCGCGCAUACGUUGAACCUCGCUGCACAGCGGGCGCUUAAGCUACCGACGGUCUCCAGGCUUCUGGGCAGAGUCCGACGUAUCUCAGCAUACUUCCACCGCAGCACAAAGGCAAAGCACCUGUUUGAAGAAAACCAGAGAGUUGUUCUUAAACUGACAAGUCCACUUAAACUGAUAACGGAUGUCGCCACAAGCAGAGCAGAUCUGGCUAACGUGGAGGAAGUAGUGAAGACAUUAAAACCAGUGAAGGAUGCCACUGUUUUUAUGUCAGAGGAGAGCAGUCCUACAGUCAGCCUCAUUGCACCAGUAUAUGCCCAACUCCUCCAGAGCAUGUCAGACACUAUUGGAGACCAACCACUGAUCCGCGAUGUGAAGAAUGCCAUCAAAACAGAUCUCCUUAAGAGGUACAACAGUGGGGCAGAGAAGAAGAUCCUUCAUACAUCCUCUGCCCUGGAUCCUCGCUUUAAGGGGUUACCUUUCCUGACAGAGGAGGAGAGAUUGGAUGUCUCUGCAGGAGUGACUUCAGAGGCUGCAUCCCUGGAGUAUGAGAGGAGACGUAGGACAGAAGCAGAUGAAGCGCCUGGCGGAACAGGAAGUUCAGGAACCAUGGAAGAGUUGCUGUCCGUGGAUGACAAUGUUUCAGACUCAGCAGGCCCCUCCGCUCCCAAAAGAUGGGCCUCAUCGCUGCUUGUGAGUUUGCUGGGACCUGCUUUCAAUGACAUCAGUGAACCUGCAGUACAAAGUAAGACCGCCGAUGCCAGUGCUGAGGAGGAAAUGGACUUGUACUGUAGAUCCCCAGCUGUGCCUCUCUCUGAGGAUCCCUUGGACUGGUGGCAUCGCCAAAAGGGCACAUUUCCUCUCCUCUCUAGGUUGGCAAAGAGAUACUUGUGCAUCCCAGGGACAAGCGUGUCAGCAGAGAGAGUGUUCUCCACUGCAGGAGAUGUUAUCACUGCAAAAAGAAGCGCUCUCAAACCAGACCAUGUCGAUCAGCUUGUGUUCUUACACAAGAACCUUGAAAUUCCCAAAUGCUGA